UCACAGGAAUGUCGAAGGCGCAUCGUCGUUGAUCGUCUCGGAAGGUGCUGAGAGGCGUGCGAUGUUGCGGACGAAAUCAUUACGAGACCCUGCCUCGAGCACUCAAGACCUUGGAAUGCACUGAGAUCGACCACGGCCAUGCCAAGUAACGGCUCCGAAGUCUCUGCCGCCGUCUGCGGACCGUGGGAGGGAGCAGGCCUGCCACUCAAGCGCCGCAACCAGGACCACCGCGACGCCCUCGGCAGCGAGCAGGACCAUCAUCAACCGUGCGCCCUCUCAAGACAGGCAGCCUGGCCGCGUGUCUGUCCUUUCUGGAUUUUGUUCAUCGCAGACGCUGUUGUGGUGUUGCUCCAGCUCUUUCAGACAUCCGCCUGGUCCACGCGUUCCAAUAUCACCCGCCACGGCUCAAAGCUCGAAAGUCAGACAUCAUAGGUGAUACGACAGAAGGGACAGAAGGAAUAAAAGUAUGACAAUGAGAGUGUGAUGCAGUGCGUGAUGAU